AUGCAAAUUUUUGUUAAAACUCUCACUGGUAAAACCAUCACAUUGGAAGUUGAAGGUAGUGACAACAUUGAAAAUGUCAAGGCUAAAAUUCAAGACAAAGAAGGUAUUCCACCAGAUCAACAAAGAUUAAUCUUUGCUGGUAAACAAUUAGAAGAUGGUCGUACUCUUUCUGAUUACAACAUUCAAAAGGAAUCCACUCUCCAUUUAGUUCUUAGAUUAAGAGGUGGUAUGCAAAUCUUUGUAAAAACUCUCACUGGUAAAACCAUCACCUUAGAGGUUGAAGGUAGUGAUAACAUUGAAAAUGUUAAAGCUAAAAUUCAAGACAAAGAAGGUAUCCCACCAGAUCAACAAAGAUUAAUUUUCGCUGGUAAACAAUUAGAAGAUGGUCGUACUCUCUCUGACUACAACAUUCAAAAGGAAUCCACUCUCCACUUGGUUCUCAGAUUAAGAGGUGGUAUGCAAAUCUUUGUAAAAACCUUGACUGGUAAAACUAUCACCUUGGAAGUCGAAGGUUCUGACAACAUUGAAAAUGUUAAAGCCAAAAUCCAAGACAAAGAAGGUAUCCCACCAGAUCAACAAAGAUUAAUUUUCGCUGGUAAACAAUUAGAAGAUGGUCGUACUCUCUCUGACUACAACAUUCAAAAAGAAUCCACUCUCCAUUUAGUUUUAAGAUUAAGAGGUGGUAUGCAAAUUUUUGUUAAAACUCUCACUGGUAAGACCAUCACCUUAGAGGUUGAAGGUAGUGAUAACAUUGAAAAUGUCAAAGCCAAAAUCCAAGACAAAGAAGGUAUCCCACCAGAUCAACAAAGAUUAAUUUUCGCUGGUAAACAAUUAGAAGAUGGUCGUACUCUCUCUGACUACAACAUCCAAAAAGAAUCCACUCUCCAUUUAGUUUUAAGAUUAAGAGGUGGUAUGCAAAUCUUUGUUAAAACUCUCACUGGUAAAACCAUCACCUUGGAAGUCGAAGGUAGUGAUAACAUUGAAAAUGUCAAAGCCAAAAUCCAAGACAAAGAAGGUAUUCCACCAGAUCAACAACGUCUCAUUUUCGCUGGUAAACAAUUAGAAGAUGGCCGUACUCUCUCUGAUUACAACAUCCAAAAAGAAUCCACUCUCCAUUUAGUUCUCAGAUUAAGAGGUGGUAUGCAAAUCUUUGUAAAAACCUUGACUGGUAAGACCAUCACAUUGGAAGUCGAAGGUUCUGAUAACAUUGAAAAUGUCAAAGCCAAAAUUCAAGACAAAGAAGGUAUUCCACCAGAUCAACAAAGAUUAAUUUUCGCUGGUAAACAAUUAGAAGAUGGUCGUACUCUCUCUGACUACAAUAUUCAAAAGGAAUCCACUCUCCAUUUAGUUCUCAGAUUAAGAGGUGGUAUGCAAAUCUUUGUUAAAACUUUAACAGGUAAAACUAUCACCUUGGAAGUCGAAGGUAGUGAUAACAUUGAAAAUGUUAAAGCCAAAAUCCAAGACAAAGAAGGUAUUCCACCAGAUCAACAACGUCUCAUUUUCGCUGGUAAACAAUUAGAAGAUGGUCGUACUCUCUCUGAUUACAACAUUCAAAAGGAAUCCACUCUCCAUUUAGUUCUCAGAUUAAGAGGUGGUAACUAA